AUGCCGUCAACGGCUUUAGCCCUGACACCGGGCCUGGCGUCCUUCUUGAAAUCCCUCAAGACAAACCCGAUUGAUACUUCUAUUGAAAAUUUGGUCUCGCUGCUCAAACGACGCCAAAUCCGUCAUUCUCGAUCAUGCGCCACAGCAACUGCCUACUUGCUCCUCCGAGUAGUCUCAGCAUGUCGUACCUCUGAAUCUGCCAGGCUCAUUGAGCGUGUGCAGAGCGUUGGUAGACGUCUCAUGGCGGCCCAGCCGCGCGAGAUGGUAGUGGGGAACAUUGUGCGACGAGUCCUCGGCCUUAUCCGUGACGAGGCGGAAGAUGACCGCGAAGCUGAGUUCGCAUUGAGCGAAGCAGGAUCUGAAAGCCAGCCACAAACUCCUCGUGCUUUUGACGAUUCAUCCUUGCCUUUGGAUCGUGAUAUGCUUGGUCUCCGCGGCGAAGGCGCAGAACGGUCUACCUCGCGACCUCCCUUAACAUCCAUGUUCAGUCUUCUUUCCCACCCCGAACCCGAACACUCCCUCCCCAGUACCCCGGGUACCCAGUCGCCAAAUGGCCGUUUGUUCAGCCCUGGUCAAAGCAAGGAUGUACGAGCUGAGGUCUUGGAGGGUAUCAACGAGAUCAUUGAUGAGUUGGGUCAGGUAGAUGACCAGAUUGCCGCUUAUGCGUUGGACCACAUCCACUCCAACGAAAUCAUCCUCACACACACCUCCUCCACAACAGUACAGAAGUUCUUGCUGAAGGCUGCUGCAAAGCGCAAGUUCACUGUUAUCAUUGCUGAAUCAUUCCCGAACAACCACGAGGCUACACAUGCUACUAUCAGUGGCACUAGCCUCGGUGAUGAUGAGAAUCUGACCUUCGACUCUUUCCAAAAACCUUUGAUUGCUCACGGCAUUACCGUGAUCCUUAUUCCUGACUCUGCCGUCUUCGCCCUAAUGUCCCGUGUCAACAAGGUCAUUCUGGGAACUCACUCCGUCCUGGCUAACGGUGGCCUGGUUGCUUCUGCCGGUACUCGUGUUAUUGCUCGCGCUGCCAAGGUCCACCAGACCCCUGUGGUUGUUGUCAGCGGUGUCUACAAAUUAAGCCCCGUUUAUCCAUUCGACUUUGACUCUCUCAUUGAGUAUGGUGAUGCCAGCAAGGUUCUGCCCUAUGAGGAUGGAGAUCUCGUCGACAAGAUCGAUGUGCAGAACCCCAUUUACGACUAUGUCCCAGCGGAACUGAUCGAUCUCUACAUCACAAACUUAGGUGGCCAUGCCCCAACAUAUCUCUACCGUAUUGUGUCCGAUCACUACCGAAAGGAGGAUAUCAGCUUUUAG